AACAUUCGAGCUUUUGGGAAGCUUUGUACUGUUGCUAAGCCACGAGAGAAUCAUGAAUGAUUAGCUUUGAUUAAUUAAAAAGUAAUGACUUAGGAUCACAUUGAAUCAUUUUAUCGGAAAACUAAAAAAACGCACUAUGAACCCUACAAAGUUAAAUAAAAACAUUUUGAUACCUGUUCUGUGUAUCACAUUAGCUCUGGUUUACUUCAUAUUUGGCCACGGUAAAAGUACUCAGAAUAGCGCUACAAGUACUAGAAUUGCAGAUCCUUGGAUAAAAAUUUCAAAACAAAAGGUAGUGAAGAAGAUGUCUGACAAAAUAAGCCCAGAUGGACACUACCUGCCUUUCUACGGAUACACAAUUGUUUCCAUGUUAACUGACCGGUAUGAACUGAACCAAAUUUAUGACAGCAUAAAAAACACAAAGUUUCUCAGCAAGUUUUUGACACCUCUCCCAAUAUCCUCCUACCACGUCACCAUAUAUGACAUUUUUACUCAGAGAAAAAUACCGUUGAAAUACACCUCUGAUUUGGCGUCGUCUAUGAAGCUUUCUCAGAACUCAGGUGCCCUCAAGACUGAUCUGCUAGCUGCACAGUACAUAUGUGAUAAGAUCCAGGGGGGGAUCACUUUCAAACCAAAAAAUAUUGUUUUUGGUGAUGGGCCAGGCAGGCCGUUUAUUGUUGAAGGGGAGAUAAGCAACCUGAAGGAGCUCAACAGUGCCAGGGACAUGUUUACCUCCCUUUUCGACAAGGAUGACUCGGCCAGGAUUUAUCAUAUGACACUGGGAUACGUCCACAGUGUUGUGACGGACCAUGAUAAGGCUGUCAUCAUGAAGGAGCUACAGGAGCUGUGGCAGCUACUGCAGAGAGAGUACAGCCUUGAUCGGCCUAAUGUCUGCUACUUUGAAUCCAUGCGGGAGUUCCAACCAAUCAAAAUGCUUUUAAAUAACACUUCACCGGCUGGGCUGUAAAUAAAAAUAAAAAAAAAUUUUCAAAGUAUUGCAUUUGCUUCGCAAUUAACCUGCCUUGAUCUAAAAUGUUAUAAAUGUGCUUAAUAAUUAACCUGCAUAGAUAAAAGCUAUGGGUAAUAUACAAAUGUUUACAUUGUUUAUCUUUUUUUACAAGUUUAUUUUUCUGAGAGAAAAACAGCAUAUUAA